UAAUUCUUUACCCUGUCAAUUGUUUGUGGGAGGGGUAUGAGGAGAUUAUUAUUCGGUUGAAUACUGAAAAGUUCGCGAAAAUGGUAAUAAAUUCCUGAUCGUUGAAAAGUUUUUAAUGUUUUUGUUAAGCUAACAUGAUGCCAACAACUUCAGCCGCUUAUAUAUGGCCUAUAGCCCUACAAUGCUAGUGACCGGUAUCUAAAAGUUUACUUCCCUGCCCCAUCCGAAUCAGUCAGACAGCCAGAGUUCUUUUUUAGUUUUUAGGCUUUAAGUUAAGGCCUUAACUUUUGGUUUUAUUAUUAUUAGCCCUUCCUUAGGUGCCCGUUGAUGUUGUACCAGUAAAAUGCCUCUAGCUGAUCUGGCUAUAGUAGGCUGCACUGAUUAGUUCAUAGCCUAAAACUAGGCUACUGGUUUUUUUUGGUUACUACAUUUAAUUAUAAUUUUAUUAUUUUAUUUGUCCAGUACUAAUCAAAAUCUUAAAAACCAGUAGGCACUUUGGUAUCGCCCGGAAAUACCCGAAAAACGGGUAUCGUAAUGUUUUGUAAAUUUGGCCUCAUCCACUUUUUAAUUUACUGAGGGUAUAGUUGGUUUGCCUUUUUUAGUCAAUUUUUAGAAUAAUCAUAAAUUCUACAGCCGCCAGUUACUUAAAGCCGACAACUUGCUUGUUCUAUUGAGAGUUCAUUUGAUAUUUUGUUUCAAGGUUAAAGCUUUGAAAAUUGAAGUUAAAAAUGGGUGAACUUUUUAUUUUCUCUCGACCCGGAUGCGCCAGUUCAGUUUAUUCAAAUACGGAUUCUGGGUUGCAAAAAAAAAAAACUAUUUGUAAGAUAUGCAAAAGCCUACUCUGUGAGAGCAUGUUUGCUAUAAAUAGUACAGGUUCUGUGACCUCCUGCUUUUGUUUGCAAGCCUCUUGCUUUUGUGUGUAAACAUUGCACAAGAAAAUAUUUCUAAUUUCUACAGUGUAUGAAAUUUAUGAGUUUCAUGAAGUUUAAGAGUUUGAAAAAUUUGUAAAUGAUGUUUGAGGUUUCAAGAAAUUUUUAGAAAGGGAUUCCAUGGUUCACAGCUUUCAGUGAGUGGCACCCCUGGUUGAAAUUGAUGGACUUAUAUUCUUACUCAGAAGAGCCAUCCAUAAAUACAUAAAGUCACUAUUUCCACACCUCCCACAAUCACCCCCCCCUUCCCCAAAAGAAAACCCAACUUCCCCCACGCCCAUGCAUGAUGUCAUUAUUGUUUGCCCCUAGUACUAAACCUUUUAUGUUGGUUGGAUGAUACCUUGUGCAAAUUUUCAUGGUAGAACCCACCAUAAACAUCACAUACAACUCACAAUCAUUAAAACUACUGUACUAAACCUAAAUUUGUAACUGGGAUGACCAGCAUCUCUUUUUAAAAAAAACAACACGAUUACAUUUGUAGGAUACUAACUUAACAGUUUAUCAGAGGCAUCACACAAUUCUACAGCUUGCCAAAUUUGUAAUGAAAAAGAAAAAAUAAAAAAAAAACAUUCUGCACGAACACAAUCAAUAUAACUGUAAUAUGCUAGUAUUUAUUAACACAUUUAUUGUUGUUUUUUUUUUUUCAUUUUCUCAGCCACUCAAUGUCUCUCCUUAACUUCAUAAAGUAAAAUGUGGUGGACCUCAGAUUCUCUAUUUUAUAUCUAAUGCAUUUUUCCCCAAUUGUUUCCAGAUUCGAUUCAUCCUUAUUCAGAAUAGAGCAGGCAAGACUAGACUGGCUAAGUGGUACAUGCAUUUUGAUGAUGAUGAAAAACAGAAAUUGAUAGAAGAAGUCCAUGCAGUUGUCACUGUGAGAGAUACAAAACACACCAACUUUGUAGAGGUAAAAGUAAUUAUGAUGCAGUAAAUUUUACCUACUAAAAGAUUGGGUUUGUGCAAUAUUUUGAAAAAAGUGAGCUCGACAUAAUAACAUAACAUAAAAUAUUCAAAAUACAAAUUUUCAUUAGCAAGUGUUAACUGCUACUCCUUUGUAUAGAUAAAAAUCAUAAAGACUUCAGCAGAAGUGGCUAGCGAGCCAUUUGAUCGUGAGUCAACUCUUCGCUGGCCACAUCUAUCAAAUAAAAUAAAUACCAUAGCCAUAUAAACAUUAUUAAUAAUUACUUUUUUUCUUCAUUUUUUGUAUGUAAUGAAUACACUUCUACACAUGCCACCAAUAUACUUACAUAAAGUUUAUAGAUUUUAACUAAGAAAUAACUCUAUAAAAAUAUAUACAGAUACGGAUUGGGUCACUGUCAAUAGGAUUGUCAUAGAAUGGGGUGGGGGAGAAGGAAAUUAGGACACUAACUAAUGGCUCUGGAGGAAAAGUGGGAAAUUCUUGUUAUAAAUUCAAAAUGCAGGGAUGCAUUUUGGUGAAUAUCUGAUUUAGUUUUGCAUCAUUCUACACUUAAUUGGGAAGCAACAGAAGAAACGCUAGUGGAAAUAUAGGUGCCCCUUGACAUGGUUGUGUUGAUAAAAUCUUUUAUUUUCAGUUAAGAUUUGAGAUCAUUGAUAGUGACUGAAUUUUUAACAAAUCAGACCGAAAUAGGGGCUGGUAUGCCAUGCAGGUGCUUAACGCCGCAAAAAGAAUGCAAAUUGAAUAAAGCAGACCUGUUUACCCUCAAACUCUUAAAAUCGUACAAUAUCAUCACAAAAUCUUUCAAUACAUUAUCAAUCUAAUAGUAAAAAAAUAAUCAUACAGUAUAUUGUAUAAAGUAUACACCUCAUAAUCGUACAUUGUACGCCAAAAUCGUAAGAGUAAACAGGUCUGAUAAAGAAAUUCAUUUGUUAUACAUCUGAAGGGCAGAAAAAUUUAAAUUAAAAGAACUGUUGACAUUGGCGAUUAGUGAGUAUGUUAGACUUACAAUUAGGCUGACAACAUCUAUUGCUUUUGGGCCAAAAAUUAAAUUAUUUGUAAAAUAAAAGAGCAAUAAAAAAAAUACUAGUAAAAAUCGUAAUUUUGCGCUAAUAUCUCAGGUGACGCGCGCUGCUUAAAGGGAAAAUUGUAUGUAAAUAAAUAAAUAUAAAGCCUUGGGUGAUUAAAUCAUUGAAUUUCUAAAACCUUUUUAAAAUUUUUAAAUCGGUGCUUUUUAAAAAGCUGUUGAAAUACUUUUAAAUAAAUUUAUUUGCUGUUAUCAUUAAAAGUAAAAAAAAAAAAAGUAAUUUUUAAUUUAUAAAAAUAAAUCUAUUAGGGAUUCAUUUGUGUUUUGUAUUCCUUCUUGCAGUUUCGAAAUUUCAAAAUUGUUUAUCGUCGCUAUGCUGGCCUGUAUUUCUGUAUCUGUGUUGAUGUGAACGACAACAAUCUUGUCUAUCUGGAGGCUAUUCAUAACUUUGUGGAAGUCCUAAAUGAAUUUUUCCACAAUGUGUGUGAACUUGACUUGGUUUUUAAUUUUUACAAGGUAGGUAUUUACAGAAAUUUGUCUGUUGACAUGUAACAGAUACACUAAGUUUAGAUAUUGAUCUUGAGAAGAAAAAUCAGCUCCUUAGUUAAAAUAUUUUACUUGUAACAUUCAAAACCAUGUUGGGUAGGUAAUUUCCAGUUAAGUCUGCAAAUAGGCUUUCACUUUUAUUAGCUUCAUUUAAUCAGACCCAUAAAAUUUAAGGUCCCUUUUCUAAUUUUUUAACUCUCUUCCUUGAAUAUUUAUAUGGAUUAGUAUUGUUUAAAUUUUGCAUCAGUUUUAUUGUUCCCCUCUCUCCCAUCAGGUGUACAGCGUAGUGGAUGAAAUGUUUUUGGCGGGGGAAAUUCGGGAGACCAGCCAAACAAAGGUUCUGAAACAGCUACUCAUGUUGUCUUCAUUAGAAUAAAUCAUGGAGGAAAUUUGUUCUGUGCAAUAAAUUAGAAGAACAACAGUCGUUAAACUAUGUCAUUGGGAGACCUAGUGGUUAGAUAUUUAGUUUAAUGUUUUAAACAUAUAAGUACGGUAAUACCUUGAAUAUUUGCAAAAUUAGGUUCCGGAACCCGUCUCGGAUCAGGAGGAAUUGCAAAUGUUUGGUACGAAUCAUUAAAAGUACUAAUAAAUGCAUUAUUCCUAGAGUUUAAACCCUAAAUAUGACCCAAAUCCAGCUCCCAAAGCACUUUAGUUCCAUUUAAAAUAUAGCUGAAUACAUUAGCAUUUUAAAAUAAAUAAAUCAAGGUACAUAAAGCAUCCGAACUAAAACCAAUCAGCAACAAGGCAAGUUGGUGGCCUGCCAUGGGAUUGACUACUCAACAGCGUGUCAUCAUGUAGCCUACGUCAUCGGCAAUAUCGGAUGCAGUAUCCAUUCUCUAUGAAAAUUAGCAGAAAAUUAAUAAUUUGUGUGUUGAAUUUACGUUAUCAUUUUAAUUAACUCAAGUAUUUUCAAAUAAUUGUGCACCCAUCAGUGUUGCAAAGGGAUUAAACUUUGUGAAUGGUUAUCACAUCAGUUAGUACUUUACAUAAAAAAGGAACAUUGGAAAGCAGUUUUUUUGGAAGGGAUUUCUUGUGUCUUUAACUUUCCCCUCAAAAAACGUUUCAAAAAUUUUUAUUAACAAAAUUUUUCUUUUUGAUUUUACACUUAAAUGCAUGGAGCUUAUAAAUUACUUUAAAAAUUUUAAUAUAAACACUUCUGCAGGUUUUUUUGAGGAAUUUGCUGAUCUGUGAAAAAAUCGCAAAUGUAAAUAAGUUAGGUUCCAAUGAAAAUAUUGCGAAUUCCGAAACGCAAAUGCACAAGGUAUUACUGUAUAUAUUGAGCUGAAUCAUUUAGUUGGUCAUAUAAAAAUGAAAUAGGAUUAUGUUUUAAAAUAUUCUUCUUUCCAGUAAAUACUCAAAUGUCAGUAUGUUUUGUUUGUAUGUAGGAAAUCAUAACAAACAAUGUUUAAUGAUGUGUAGAGAUAUGUACAUGUAUUUACAAAGAAGGGAAUAUUUGCGAACAUUGUAUAUAUAAUAAAAAUGUUAAUUACAUAAAAUUCAUUUUGUUUGUUUGGACUACACCUUACUUGAAAGGUUGCAAUCUUUAAAGUCACUUAGGGUUUUAACAUUGUCUGAUAAAGUGAUGGCUUUAGGUAUAGAUGGCUGCCUAGAGCUGCACUUUUCAAGUGUGGCAAACUGUAGUGAAAUAAAAAUAUGUGUGACCUUUUUUAAAAUAUAUGAAGGCUGUGCAUUAUCUGGUCACUGCAGAGUUUUUUUUCCAUAGAAGUUUGGUAGCAGCAAAUUUCUUGUCCAACCCCUGACUGUGCUAACCAUGGCUGUGGCACUGAUUGUACCUCUGGCCAAAAAGUCACAUAGAUUCUCCACUCAGCAACACACCCUUUUGUUUAUAGAUUUUGUCAUUUCAGACUCGGUGAUACAAAAAUCAAUACAAGGAAGCAAAAUGCAAUAUUCAUUUGAUAGAAUAAAUAAACAUUUUUUGCACUUUCAACCAAUAUUUUCACAUUCCAUUAAAUAGGUAGCCUUGAUGUGUUUUACAUUCAGCCUGGUUUCUAGUUAUUCUCAUUAUUUCAGGUCUUAUUAACUUAUACACUCCUUGUCACUGACAGAAUUAUUUUCAUUUAACAUACUAAUAAUAACAGUAACAGGAUUUUAUACAUUGAUAGAUUCAAGUAAAAUAGAAUGAGACUAAAUUUAUCCUACUAGCUAUUAAAUACAGUAAAAAAAAAAAAUUCCCUUUAUUUAAAUCUAACAUCCUUUUUAAUUUGAUUCCUUAGGUUAAAACAAAAAAAAAUUGUUUUUUUUUACAAUAUUGUUUUGUGUUCAUAAAAAUACAAUAAAGUAGAUUAAAGAAUAGCUAAUUUGCCUCCCUCAAAAAUUUGUAAAUGUAUCUAUUUGUGUUUCAAGUUGAGAUCCGUUAGCAGUUUCAUUAUUUCAAGUGAAUUGUCUCAAAUUUAAAUCAAUCGAGACAUGUUGCACCAACAAGCUCAAGACCUGAAAUUUAAGUCAGGAACUUAGUAGUUUGACUAGAUGGAUUUCACUUUACCGGUACUCAAUAUUUUUUUUCAAUCUCAGAUUUUGUUAUUCCGAAUUUUUUCUAGUUUAGUUUAGCUUUCCCUGUGUGUUUUUACAUACCGGGGUACAUAUUUGUUUAUCAAAGAGGAAUCCAGUUAUUUACAUCUGAAGUUUUGGUCACUGUGAAUGAAAAGAUAACAUUUGUCAGUAGAUUGAUGUGUAACUUUGAAAUUAUAUAUAAAUAUAUUUGUUUGUGUGUUGGUGUAUUAUGUAAUAAAUUCAAUUAAAGAUAAUCGAACAUUAAUGUCAGAAAGAAAUGACUUAUUAAUAGUUUUUUGUUUGUUUUUUUUUCAUUUUAAUAUUCCACAAGUAAAUAAUUACCAUUAUCUAAACAUCUGUUGCUUUUUUUGUUUGUUUUAAUAGUUUUAUGUUGAUUAUUGAAAUGUACAUGUCUAUAUAUUUCAAUGUAUUUCUUUGGGCUAAGAAGAUUAAAUGUGAGUGAUAAAAUAAGAUUCUCUUAUUGAUCCAAAUAAAUGGAAAUGUACUUUGAUUACAUUGUACAUUGUUAUUUUCAGCACAUAAAUAAAUAAAUAUUUUAUCAUAGACAACUUUUUACAGUUGGUACAAUUUAAACAUAAGACAUCUCAAUUAUUU